GCCAGCGCUACAGUUCGUGCGCUUGGUAUUGUGCUCCCCCGCUGCUGAGCCCGUCAUAUUGGUUCCUAGGUGUAUACACAGGUUACCUCACACACACGGUACACGUUCUCAAGGACACCUCACAGGACGCGCCCCGAGCACCAGAGGUGAACGAGUCCGUACACCUGUGGGCGUGACCAAGCCCCUCCCCUCCUCACACAGCCCCGCCCUCCCUCUCCCUUCUCAAGUACAGUUGGCAACUUGAAGCCCACGUAGCUAGGUGAACCGCGCCCGCCCCUGUGUGACGUCACGAGACACGCCCCUUUCCUUAGGAAACCGUCCACAGAGGAGGGAACGUGUGUCUGGGCGUGGUUUAGGCUAGACUGGGAGGGUGUAGGGGCGUGGUCAUGUCCCGGUGUGGCCGCUAGGGGGCUCUGUAUUGUCGCGUAAACUGCGUAUUCCCGGAGCCAGGUCCGCCGUCCCCUCCCCGCUCCAGUGCAUUGCAGCGGCAUGAGAUCAGUGUGAGGAGAGGGUCUGCCGUCUGCCAGGAGCCCGCACACCGGAUACGUGACACCGAGACGGGGCUCUGCCCGGAGCGGACACCAUGGACGCGGGCAUGGAGAAGGAGUGCAGCGCGCUGGGAGGACUCUUCCAAACCAUCAUGAACGAUAUGAAGGCCAGUUAUCCAACAUGGGAGGAUUUCAUCAGCAAAGCGAUAAAGUUACAGUCCCAGCUCAGGACUACGACCAUCGUGACUGGAUCAUUUUUGGACGCUUUUCAGAAAAUUGCCGAUAUGGCCAUAAACACCCGAGGAGCUACAAAAGAAAUCGGCUCUGCACUGACCAGGAUGUGUAUGAGGCACCGGAACAUCGAGUCUCGGCUGAAGCACCUCACCGUAGCCCUGAGUGACAGCUUAAUAAACCCCCCUGGAGGGAAGAUUGAGGAGUGGAAGAAGAUCGCCAACCAGCUGGACAAGGACCACGCCAAAGGUAAAGAUGCUGCCCGUCUGGAGCUGGACAGUGUCCUCCAGGACGUCAAUGACAAGUACCUGCUCCUGGAGGAAACGGAGAAGAGGGCCGUGUACCGGGCGUUAGUGGAAGAACGAGGGCGCUUCUGUAUGUUCGUGUCCUUUCUGAAGCCGGUCCUGGAUGAGGAGAUCGGCAUGCUGGGAGAAAUAACUCACUUACAGACCAUCCUAGAAGACUUGACCAGUUUGACUGCGGAACCAAAUAAACUUCCCCCCAUGAGUGAGCAGGUGAUACUCGACCUGAAGACCUCGGAUUACAACUUCAUUUAUCAGACCCCACCCGCGUCUCCUAGUGGAACCUUAUCACGGAAGGCCAGCACCAACAGUAACUACAUGCACGGAUCAAUAAGACACGUCCCGUCUAUGGAUUCUAUCUCAAGCUCUAUGGAAACCCUACACAUGCGUCCAUCUUCCACCAUAAUGCUGGAGACUAUGUUCCAGGACCCCAAAAUGAUGAACAGCAGUCAGCAGGUCUCCCCCACCAGCGGACCCAGCGGGGAGAACGGCACUAUGAGGUCAAACCUGACCAACGAUGGAUUCAAGGCUCCACCGCCACAAGUCAUGGCUAAGCCAAAACUCGCGCGCGAUCACUUAGCUUUAGCUUUGAGUCAAGGUCUGAACUCAGAAAUACAACUCAGCCGCGACUCUCUGCACUGCUCCAGCGGGUACAGCACACAGACAACUACCCCAUCGUGCUCUGACGACACCAUUCCCUCUCACGCCUUAAAGAAGGACCCCUCUCUUUUUGUUGCAGAUUAUGAUUAUAUCUCGCUGCACGGAGAACAAGAAGAGACUGACCAACUGGAUUUUGACAAGUCGUCUACGAUUCCAAGAAACAGCGACAUAAGCCAGAAUUACCGGAGAAUGUUCCAAGCCAAGAGGCCGGCUUCCACCGUCAGUCUGUUGGCCGAGCCAGACCCGCUCGUCCGGUCACCUUACAUUGCCACCAUAAAGAGGAAACCCUCCAACAAGCCGACUCUAAGGAGGGGCACGAUCGGCGGCGUUCCAAUACCCAUCCGAACACCAAUGGUGCCGGUUAAAACCCCGACUUUACCUGAUGCUCCCGUCAACCCCUUUGGCGAGAGAACGAACAGCGGAGAUCUUGUUUAUCCUCAGGAUUACAGAUCAGAUCUGGUCCAGGUAAAGCCGGGGCUGUAUUCCUCUGCACAAAGCCUGAAUGCCAUGCAAACAACAUAUUGUGCCUUCAUACCAAAGCAAUCCUUCUCCUACUCGCAAGGGGUCUACCCGCAGCCCCUCAGCCCGCAGAAAGUGUAUGCGAGCAGCCCGGGACCAAUAGAACGCACGCCAACACCCGAUACGGCAUCUCCCAGCACGAGUGAAGCCGAACCCACCUGCAAUAGUGCGGCGGGCGCUCACCAGGACGAUAUGCUGUCAAUGAUACGGCGCGGAGUGAAGCUUAGGAAAACCAUGAGCAACGACCGAUCCGCCCCGCAGAUCAACUGAGGCCACACGCUGCCCGUUCUCCGCUUCAGAUAUAGAGACUUUAUUUUUAUUACUAUUCUAAAGACUGGUUAGGAUGUAAACGUUUGCGUUCCGAUCUGUUCAUUGUUCCGGGCUCAGAGUCUGUUCGCUCCCGGUCUGUUCUUACAUUAAUCUUCCAGGACCGUUUUAUUUUUUUUCUUUUAGCGUGCUUUUAUUUGACUGUAUUUUAGAUGAUUGAGUUCGCUUUAGAUCACUUUCUAGUUUUUAUAGGCCGGAGCUGUGGUGGCAAAAGUGCCUUGACCCCAGGAAAAGCAGAGUGGACGCGGUUGUCUCUCUGCUCGACCCCAAAUAUUUCCUUUCCAGACAUCGUUCGUUGUCUCAACAAGAAGUUGUGUUCUCAUACGUGUUUUUUGCUUUUAUUAGCCUUCGUACCGCCCUGAAUGAGCAGAUUUGUUGUUAUGCAGAACGGUGCAUAGUAACCUCUAGGACACUGUCCCUCAACCUGUCGCGAAUCUCCCAUCAUGUGACUGUCAGGGUAUGAUGGGAGUCGGAGCACCACCAGUUGGGAAAUCCUGCAUUGUCAUAAUUUUUUCUGGAAAUAUGGGGGUAGUACAGCGCAUAGGCAAUUAUUUCCUUUGUACAGAUAUACAACGCGUUAAUGCGGAAGUAUUUAUUUAAGAGUUACUUUAUUCUUAUUUAAUAUAAUGCAGACUACUUUUAGUGAUCUUAAGGCUGUAGCCCGGCGGUGUUGGGUGGCAGCGCGCGGUGUGUGCCGCAGGGAUUACCCAGAGAUCUCAUUGAGUUGCAGUCACCUUGAAUCUAGUUAUGUUUGUAGAUGUGUAAUAUUAUAAUGGGGGGCGCUGUUGCACUCCAUCUUACAAAUCCAAAUGCUUUAGGGCUAUGAGGGUAAAGACGCCAAAUAAAACCGCCCUUCCCGUUCACCCGCGUCCUCAUGCAGUGUUCAGAAUAGGAUAGCCAGGCUGCAGGACAUAGGACGUGCUAUGGCCACUCGGUUUAUGGUUUUUCGUAUAGCCCUGUAGCGGUAGGUGCGUGAGCGGUAAUCUACCUGGCUGAAGACUGUUGGUAUAAGAAGUGCCGAGAGAGAAUUCACUGCCCAAUGGGUCACGAGUUAUGUUACUAGAUAGAGUUGGCAUAGCAAUGGUUAAGUGCAAAAAAAGUUAUUCUGAAUGCAGAUUCCAGGGUCCUGUCACUCAGCAUUUUGCCUUGUUUAUCAGAUAUUUAAGUUUUUGAGCAGAUUCUGACAUUUCCUUUUGAAGAUUUCACAGGUGUACAGUGGCGCCACCUAUAGGUUUCCUUUGGGGAAAAAACGUAUUUUACUUAAUGCUUCUGUAUGGUAUAGUGCUAUUCUAUAUAGCAAAAAAUAAAACAAAUAUUAGGAAAGGUAUAGAGAUUGAUACCGGCCCCUGGAUGUGGGUCUAUGAUACGGUUUUCCAGCACAUCGGGCUGAGCGCCCUAUCAGUAUUAUUUUAGCUAUAACACAUAUAGGAGAAACGGCCGGGAGCACAAUGAUAUAGGGAACAAACAUCAUCUAUAGGGACUCGAUACUUGAUAUAUUCCAUAUAACAGGGACCUAUCCCAUAUAUUGGGUUUAUUAGACCCUUAAAGUCUAUUGCUACAAUGUGAAGCCUCUUUAAGCUGCCAUUCCGAAAAUCACUCUAGAGGCAAUGAAAAAUAAAAAUCCUUCCUAAAGCACCGGCCUACUUGCCUAUAUACUGUAUGUAGAGCCUUAAAGGGGCAUUCCGGCCAAAGACAUCUUAUCCCUUAUCCAAAGGAUCGGGGAUAAAGAUGUCUGAUCGCGGGGGGCCCGCCGCUGGGAUCUCCGUACAGCACCUGCAUUCUAUGCUCCAGUCUCGGAAACCUCUGUGUUUUCGGGACUGAAUACGUCGCGCAACGCCCCCUUGUGAUGGUACACCACGCCCUCUCCAUUCAUGUCUAUGGGAGGGGGCGUGACGACUGUCACGCCCCCUCCCAUAGUCAUGAAUGGAGGGGGUGUGACGUGACAUCACAAGGGGGCGGGGGUCGUGAUGUAACUUCUUCAGUCCCGAAAAGACAGCAGUCCCGGAGCAGCAGGCUAGCAUAGAGUGCGGUUGCUGCUGGGACCCCCCGCGAUCAGACAUUUUAUACCCCAUCCUUCAGAUAGGGGAUAGGAUUUCUAUCGCCGGAAUACCCCUUUAAAGUCAAACCCGACUCGUAUAACCUCGUAUAAACAAAAUUCUGACCCAUUUCCACUCAUGUUGGCACUGUGUCCCGGGACUACGUUGCCUCCCGGCCGACGCGUUUCGUUCCGAUCUCAUCCGUCGAUCCCGCGGAGUCUGGGCCGCCCAAUAGAAACCUUAAUCCGAUCGUUCUCGCCGUUCCCUCUCCAUCAUUCUGCUUUUGUUUUCUAAAGCUUUAUCCGUACCCUGCACAAAUACAAUCCCAACCGUGGAAAAAAAAAUUACAAAUAAGAAAACGGACGUUCGCUUUUGUUGAUUUAUAUAUUUGUACUUUGUUAAAUCCUUCUUGAAUGUUGUCGCUUUAAAAAAAAAAAAAAAAAUUAUAUAUAUAUAUUUUGUGUUUUAAAAUUUGUGGUCUUUUAUGUUAAUUGUAAAUAAUUUGGCGACUUUCCCCAGUUGGGAAGGUGCCUCUCAUACUACUUGUUUUAUUUUUUGGGUUCCGAGGCAUUUUUUUAAAUUUUUGAUUUUACUUGGUUUAUAUGUCGGGUUUUCAUUUUUUUGCAUUAAGCUUUGAUAAGAUUGUACUGAACAACAAGAAAAAAAUCUACAUGUCUACUGUAAGUUAAAGUGGAUCUCCCAUGCGCACACAGCGGAGGCGGACGUUUUUUCGGGUGGCACUAGUAUAAAUGGGAACCCAGUAGGCAAUAUCCCGCCAUAGUGAUUGAUAAGGCUCAACACAUACGUAGCGUUAUCCUCGUGGGCGUUACAGUUACAGCCGCCAUGUUGGAAUGUAAUGCGAAAUUCUGUUUGCCGCCCCCAAAUUUAGUGGUGCAGUAGGUGUCGCCCUCCAUAGUGUCCAUCAUGUCCUCGGGGGGCGGCUGCUCUGUAAUAUAUAGGACCAGCUAUAGAGAGGCGGGGCCUCAGAGAUGAUGCGUGCUUGGCAAUAAAAUGGCGCCUCCGCUGUGUAUAAACGAGGAGUCCUCCUUUAACCUGUAAUUUUUUGAGGGAGGGGGUAGAGGUUAUAAAACUUUUAAUGGGAUACUCCAUUCUAGACAUAUUAUCCAAAGAAGGAUAGGGGAUAUGAUGUCUGAUUGCGGGGGUCCCGCCGCUAGGGACCCCCGUGAUAUCCCUGCUGCACCCAGCGUUCGUUUAGAGUGUUAAGCGUUUAGAGCGUUUAGGUGCAGCGUUGGAGGCUCGUGACGUCACAGCCACG